AUGCCUUAUUGUUUUAUGUGCAAAAGUAUUUUUAAAAUAAAUUCUCAUUUAAUAAGUCAUUUAAAUAUCUUCCACGAUGUUAAAUCUAUAUGUGAAUUUAAAUGUUUGGAAACUGGAUGUUAUAGAGUUUUAUCUACUUUUCAUUCAUUCAAAAAUCAUAUAGCCCAGCAUAAAGAUGUAUUGGUUGAAAAUAAUAAACCUGAUAAUUUUCCUGUCUCCACAUCUAAACAAGAACAUGCAGAUUUAAAUAUUGUCAAUUCGCCCAUUUUGAAUGAAAUUAUUUCUUCGAAUUCUAACAAUAGUUCAGACCAAAUAUCCGUUGAUAAUUUUAUUGAUACAUUGCGUUGUAGUUCAGUGACUUUAGCAUCUAAGUGGUAUAGUAAUAGUAUAAUACCAAGAAAAAUAAUUCAAGUAUUAUUUAAUGAUAUCAGACAGUUUAAUAAUUCAUUUUUAUACCUCUUAAAAGAUAAAAUGCUUGAAGUUAAAUAUGAUUUAAACCAUACUAAAGAUAUCCAUCUUAUGUUUGAUCAACUCUCAAAUCCUUUUUCUUCUAUAAGUUCUGAGCAUCUUCGUUUCAAAACCUUUGAUGAAAUUGGAAUUCUUAUUCGACCAAGAUUAGUAGAUAUCGGAUGUAGACUAAAUGAUAGAAUGAAGGCUGGACGUGUUAUAUUUGAACCAAAAGUUUUUCAAAUGUCUUUUGUUCCUCUUAGGUAUGUGCUUAAGACCAUGCUACAAGAUUGCAAUUUAUUUGAAGUAAUUAUAAAAUUUAUGAAUCAUUUAGAAUCUAAUUCAAAUAAAUGUGUUAGUAACUUUGUACAGUGUAAACUGUGGAAAAGCAAACUGGAAAAAAAUUCACAAAAGAUACUAUUGCCUUUAUUUUUAUAUUUUGAUGAUUUUGAAAUAAACAAUGCUCUAGGCUCUCAUGCAGGUAACAAUAAGUUAGGUGCUGUAUAUGCGUCAUUACCAUGUUUGCCACCUGAAUAUUCUUCUUCUUUAGAAAAUAUAUUUUUGGCAUGUUUAUUUAAAUCAGUGGAUAGACAAGAGUUUGGAAACCGUGCUAUUUUUUCAGAACUUAUAACAGAAUUGAAUUUUUUAGAAGUUACUGGAAUAGAAAUAUUAUAUGAUGGUGAAGUAAAAAGAGUUUUUUUUUCAUUGGGUUUAAUUUUAGGGGAUAAUUUAGGAUUACAUAGUAUACUAGGCUUUUCAGAAAGUUUUAUGGCAAACUUUUCUUGUCGUUUUUGCAAGUCAAAUAAAUCUGAUUGCAAUCAUCAAUUAGUACAGAUUGAUGAGAACCUAAGAAAUGAAGUCAAUUAUUCUACAGAUAUUGCGAUUAAUAACCUUUCACUCACUGGAAUUAAAGAGUUGUGUGUUUUUCAUGAAAUACAGUCAUUUCAUGUGACAAACAAUUAUGCAGUUGACAUAAUGCACGAUAUUUUGGAGGGUGUUUGCAAGUAUGAUAUUGGUAUGAUGUUAAAAGUAAUGGUAUACAAUUUAAACUACUUUACAAUUGAUACUCUAAAUAAUAGAAUAGAGUCAUUCAAUUAUGGGCCCAUUGACAUUCGAAACAGACCUCCUCUAAUAUCCAUUGAUUCAUUGAAACAUGGUUCAAUUAAAAUGUCCGCUAGUGAAACAUUAUGUUUCACAAAAUAUCUAACACUAAUUAUAGGUGAAUUAGUUCCAUUAAAUUCUGAAUUUUGGAGUUUAUAUAUUAUUUUAAAACAAAUUAUGGAUAUUAUAUUUGAUAAAUGCCUUAAAUUUGAAGAUAUUCAACUUUGUAAACUCUUAAUAUCUGAACACCAUGCAUUAUAUAUUAGAUUAUUUAACACUAAUUUAAAACCCAAAUUCCAUCACAUGACACAUUAUCCUUUAAUAAUGGAACAGUGUGGACCUUUAUCAUUGAUUUGGUCCAUGCGUUUUGAGUCAAAGCAUAAACAAUUAAAAGAUACAGCUAAAUCUAUAACUUCCCGAAAAAAUUCACCGUAUACCUUAGCGUUAAAGCAUCAACUUAAUAUGUCGUAUAGAGUUUUGUCGUCAGUUAAUACAAUAAAUAUUAAGUUAGGACGUCGUACAUUACUUUCAGCAAAUACGCGGCUCAAAUACAAAAAUGUUAAAUUUAUAUGUUCACCUUUUAAUAUUUUAGAUGAUAAGGUACAAUUUUUUUCAUGGAUUGAUUUUAAAGGUACCAUUUACAAUUGUAAUAAUAUGUCAGUUUUGAUUAAUUUUAGUGAUGACCCAAAUAUUUUACCUCUGUUUGGUUUAAUUUUAUCUGUCUUUAUAAUAACUAAUAACAAUGUUCCUUUUUUAGUUUGUAGUAUUUAUAAUAAUAAUUAUUUUGAUGAACAUUUACAAGCGUAUAAUGUACAACUUACUAAUGAUUUAAUAUGUUGCUCAGUUGAAAAUUUGGAUUGUGUACAACCCACAAUUCAUUGUGUUAUGUCUAAUGGGUUAUGUUUUAUACCAAAAUAA